CUCCCGUUUGUUGUCAAACAACAACUAUAAACACAAACAAUUUCGAAGCUAAGCCGAUCUUCGUCUUCCUUCCGUCAUGGUAUGACAUGUCCAGGGCUAAAGUGCACGACGAUGGUAAUGUAAUCACUCAGCAACCAUCUGCUAAUCCAGGUCCAAACGAAAAUGCCAGCGUCUUUCCGAAAACUACGGAACUUGGCACCGAACUAGAGGCUAUUGAAGAGCUGGAAAAGAUCGUCCUCAGUCAAGUGAUUUCAGCUUGUGAUCUUGUGUUUCCAUGUUGUAUUGGUCGAGGUUCUUACACAGUGCAUGAUGGGAAUGGGUCCCCUGAGGCCUUGUUUGAAAUUAGAGAAGCUUUCGUUUGCUUAUUUCGCACCUGCCUGGGAUCAGCACGAGAUUUCGCCUCCGUGAUGCGGGACUCUAGCGGAGAUGAUCUAGGAUCGUUUCGAUAUGCAAUGAGCUUCAGGGGGUGCUGCAUUUGUUCCUGUUAUCCCCCCGAACUCUUCAUUUUCUGUCCGCGGCCUGUACGCCUCGGAUCAGUGAGAGAAAGACUAUCCUGUUGCAGACCAAGUUUUGAGAUUGUGGAUAACAAAGGGGACACUUUAUUUACGUUUUCCAAUGACUGCUGUUAUUCCCAGUACUGUGGUUGGUUCAUGGAUGCAGCAGUAAAGGUUAACGAUAUGGAGGGCCAAACUGUCGCCAAGCUUGUCAAGAAAUCUUUCCAUAAUCCGGAGGAGUUGCUGGGACUUGAAAAUAAAAUCCAUAUAGAAUUUUUGAAGAAGAUGAGAGCCCCAGAAAAGUUAUUGGUGAUUGGAGCGGCCUUGUUGCUGAGUCUGAAAAACUUUGAAAACACCCAGCGACUCUGUUGCUGACAAGUGACGGUGCUUAUACAUGUACAGAAAAAUGUAAUAAUGCAGUACUGAAGUCCAAUGUUUUAUUUAUACAUCAGCAAAUUUUCAUAAUAAAAUUGAUUUUGUUAAUAA